AUGAUCAACAACAAACGUCUGAUCAACAACAAACAUCUGAUCAACAACAACAAACAUCUGAUCAACAACAAACGUCUGAUCAACAACAAACAUAUGAUCAACAACAAACAUCUGAUCAACAACAAACAACUGAUCAACAACAAACAUCUGAUCAACAACACACAUCUGAUCAACAACAACAAACAUCUGAUCAACAACAACACACAUCUGAUCAACAACAAACGUCUGAUCAACAACAACAAACAUCUGAUCAACAACAAACGUCUGAUCAACAACAAACAACUGAUCAACAACAAACAACUGAUCAACAACAAACAUCUGAUCAACAACACACAUCUGAUCAACAACAACAAACAUCUGAUCAACAACAAACAUCUGAUCAACAACAAACAACUGAUCAACAACAAACGUCUGAUCAACAACAAACAUAUGAUCAACAACAAACAUCUGAUCAACAACAAACAACUGAUCAACAACAAACAUCUGAUCAACAACACACAUCUGAUCAACAACAACAAACAUCUGAUCAACAACAACACACAUCUGAUCAACAACAAACGUCUGAUCAACAACAACAAACAUCUGAUCAACAACAAACGUCUGAUCAACAACAAUAAACAUCUGAUCAACAACAAACAUCUGAUCAACAACAACACACAUAUGAUCAACAACAACAAACAUCUGAUCAACAACAAACAACUGAUCAACAACAAACAUCUGAUCAACAACACACAUCUGAUCAACAACAACAAACAUCUGAUCAACAACAACACACAUCUGAUCAACAACAACACACAUCUGAUCAACAACAACACACAUCUGAUCAACAACAACACACAUCUGAUCAACAACAACAAACAUCUGAUCAACAACAACACACAUCUGAUCAACAACAACACACAUCUGAUCAACAACAAACGUCUGAUCAACAACAACAAACAUCUGAUCAACAACAAACGUCUGAUCAACAACAAUAAACAUCUGAUCAACAACAAACAUCUGAUCAACAACACACAUCUGAUCAACAACAACACACAUAUGAUCAACAACAACAAACAUCUGAUCAACAACAAACAACUGAUCAACAACAAACAUCUGAUCAACAACACACAUCUGAUCAACAACAACAAACAUCUGAUCAACAACAACACACAUCUGAUCAACAACAACACACAUCUGAUCAACAACAACACACAUCUGAUCAACAACAACACACAUCUGAUCAACAACAACAAACGUCUGAUCAACAACAACAAACAUCUGAUCAACAACAACAAACAUCUGAUCAACAACAAACGUCUGAUCAACAACAAUAAACAUCUGAUCAACAACAACAAACGUCUGAUCAACAACAAACAACUGAUCAACAACCAACAUCUGAUCAACAACAACACACAUCUGAUCAACAACAAACAUCUGAUCAACAACAAACAUCUGAUCAACAACAACACACAUCUGAUCAACAACAAACAUCUGAUCAACAACACACAUCUGAUCAACAACAACAAACAUCUGAUCAACAACAACAAACAUCUGAUCAACAACAACAAACAUCUGAUCAACAACAAACAACUGAUCAACAACAAACAUCUGAUCAACAACAACAAACAUCUGAUCAACAACAAACAACUGAUCAACAACAAACAUCUGAUCAACAACACACAUCUGAUCAACAACAACAAACAUCUGAUCAACAACAACAAACAUCUGAUCAACAACAACACACAUCUGAUCAACAACAAACGUCUGAUCAACAACAAACAUCUGAUCAACAACAAACGUCUGAUCAACAACAAACAUCUGAUCAACAACAAACGUCUGAUCAACAACAAACAUCUGAUCAACAACAAACAACUGAUCAACAACAAACAACUGAUCAACAACAAACGUCUGAUCAACAACAAACAUCUGAUCAACAACAAACAUCUGAUCAUCAACAAACGUCUGAUCAACUACUGUGAUGAAGAAGGUUGA